AGCCGUCGCGACAACGCAUACGAAGUACCUCCGGCGCGCAAUUCUCACGUGUGUUUCGACGCGUUUUCGAUUACUAUUGAUAAAUUGGCACAAAUUUGCCGCGUUCAAGGAAUACGACUUCCGGUGUGAACAUUUGAUCAAAGGCCGGGGAAAUAUCAAGAGGAAACUAGGGCGUAUUUUAUGCGACCGUAGCCGCACCGCCGUGGAGCAGCAGGGUGGAAGAUGACGUCGCCAAAAAGUGUCAAGGCACACAAGAUGGAGACUGCAAUUAGAAGCUGGACGGCGAAACCGAUUCUAAGCUCGGAUUUUACAGAAGCUCUUCCGCUGCAGGAGGUCUAUGUGGGUAUUUUGAAACAACGGAAGAAUAUCUCUACUGCAAUUAGAAGUAUAUCUACCAUUUUGCCAGGAUUCGCUCAUCUAAAGCGCUGUUCCAAUGGGAAAUUGCUUUUGGCUCCGCUUCAUUCGGAUGAAUUAUCACGUGAGAAAGGCCAUGAUAUUUCUCUCGGUGAAAAUCAACUUAAAACUCAGUUGAAAGAGAGAGGAUUCGAUCUCUCUUUGCUGGAAGAGAAAUUCCAAAUGACGAAGGUGCCAGCCAAGGCACCAAGGACGAAGAUACAGGCCAGUGAAGCUUCGAAAAUCUGGCCGGUAAAUUUCCAUCCUGAUCAAACAGUUGAGAGUCUAAUCGACGGCUCGAUCUUCAACGACGAUUGUUUAUACGCAAUCGAGCGAAUCAUGUCAUUGGUAAUAGAGACUGCCAGGUUGGAGGCGGUCGGCAACGAGCGCUGUACCGGCGCCGCAGCGAUCAUCGAUCCCAAGGAUGGAAGAAUCCUGGCGGUGGCUGCCGCGAAAAUUGAUAGACAUCCUAUGUGGCAUGCCGCCAUGUUGGUGGUGGAUCUUAUUGCUAGACUUCACGGUGGUGGUGCAUGGAAAUUGAACGAGGAAUGCGAAGAAACGAAGAGACAAACAGAUGUUAUCGAGGAAGAUAAAUUUGGCGAUGAAAGAACAAAUUCAAAUAUUACGACUGAAGAUCAGAUCUCGAAGAGGUUAAGAAGAAUCAAGAGAAGAUACGAAGAAGAGACACCGCUCUGUUAUCCGAAAUCUCUAGCUUCGCUAAAGUUUCCGGUUCAAACGUCCCUCGAGCCGCAAGUUGUGCGAAAAGGGCGAAGAAAUAACGGUGUCAAAAUCGAGAAUUCGAAGCAAAAGGAAUGCGAAGAUAACAUGAAGAAAUGCGGACCAUAUCUCUGCACGGGUUAUUGGGCAUUCCUACUGAUGGAACCGUGUCCUCUGUGUGCCAUGGCAUUGCUGCAUUCCAGAGUCGCGCGAAUUUUUUAUGGUACGGCCAAUCAAAAUGUCGGAGUUUUGGGCUCCAAGACGAUUUUACAUACGGUACCAGGCCUAAACCAUCGAUAUCGAGUUUGGAGCGGAAUCCUUGAACGGGAAUGUCGACAAACAGUGGAAGAAAUCAAUGCUCGCAGAAGUCGUAGUUGAAUAACAAAUUCGACGCGGCUCUAUUGUGAAAGAUAAUGAUACUCUAAGUGACUGCACGGACAAUUGAUCAUCGCAAUCUCCGGGAAUAACUGAUGAUAUUGAUGUCGCAAAACCGGACAAAACAAAAAGGAGUGAAAAACAUAUAUUUUGUUUUUACUUGAUAUUUUCUGUUUGUUUGUUUGUUGUUUCUUCUUGUGCGAAUUACGUUAUUUAUACAGAUGACAUUACAUAUAGUGACAUUUUUAUCAUAUGUUAUUUCACUUGCAUAACAUAUUAUGCAUUCAUGCGAUGUCAUAAAAAAAUAAAUCCAAUAAAAAAAUGCAAUUGUGACACCUAUCAAUA